ACAUUUUUGUUUGAAACCGAAAGUAAAGCUGAGGGUGAGGAGCCUCGACGUGUUGCCGUCACAUCAAAGCUCAGCCGCUACACGGAGAGGAACAGACAUGGCGCACAUCGGAACCCUUCGCACACUCGUUCUGAUCGUGAUGUCCUGCUGGAUUCAAGCGGGCUCUGGAGGCGGCUGUCCCCCGCUGGAGUGCUGGUUCGUCCGGGAGAAACCGGGGGAGGGUUUGAAGCAUGAGCGGACUCUGCUACACGUCAGGACGUCCCCCGACAGCCGGUCUGAAGAGACGCUAGCGGAGCCCUCCUCCUCCUCCUCCUCCUCCUCCUCUGACGUGGUCCCGGACAGAGUCUACCACGUCACCGAUGGCUCCGCCUCUCUGCUCCACCCCUCCCUCCACCCCCCCCAGGGCUCUCUGGUCAAACCCCAGUGUGAGCUCCACCCCUUCCUCCCGCAGCCCGCCGAUGUCCAAUGGGCCGCCUCGCUCACCGACUCCGCCCUCAGCCCCGCCCACCUGCAGGCUGAUUGGCUGUCUGCUACCAUCCUGGGCCUCGACGGGGGGCUGGCUCUGUCCACGGUCGCCCGCGCUGCCACGGCAACCAUCCAUCCCCACGUGGUUCUGAGCGUGCUCACUGAGACCGUCUCGGUGCGGUGCGGACUGGGCGAGCCGGUGCUGCUGGACUGCCGCUUCUGGGCGGACCCCUCGUCCCCGCUGUCGUCGGGGGGCUUCGCCGUGGAGUGGCGGUACCAGUUCAGGGGUCAGGGCCGCCUGGUCCUCGCCUACGACGGAAAGACGGACCGCCUGGCCCCCGGCCCGCAGGAAGGGGCGGCGUUGGACUUCGCCGGCCUCCACGCCUCAGGAAACGCGUCGCUGGUCCUGCAGGAAGCCGAGGCGCGGCACUCGGGGACGUACGUCUGCGCCGUGCACCUGCCCCACCUGCUGGCCCAGGUGACCGUGGAGCUGGAGGUGGUAGAGCCCCCCUCCCUCUCCAUCAGCCCCUCCCCGCUGCCCCUCGCCGCCCCCGGCCAGGUGCUCAGCGUCCGCUGUGAGGCGUCCGGCUUCACCCCCCUCCCCCUGGAGCUGAGCUGGGAGUUCCUGGGGGCGGACGGGGCCCCCGCGGCCCUGGGGGAGGCCAGCCUGUCCGGCCACCGGGAGGCCUGGGACGGCACCUACAGCCAGAGCAGCCUGCUGCAGCUGGACACCAGCGCCCUGGGCCGGGGGGGGGGGCUGGUGUGUGUGGCCCGACACCGUGGGGGGACCAGGCGCUCCAAGGUCGCCCUAGAGGUCAUAGGGUUCAGCACCCCCUCCAUCCAGGACUCCAUGGCGAUGGUUGGCAUGGCGCUGCUGCUCUACGGAAUCAUCACACUGGCCUUCAGGAACUUUGCUGGUUCAGACGGGGUCAGACCCAAGGAGAAAGACCAAUGAGCAGGCAGGGAGCUCGUCGCCCUGGAAACGCUUCAGCCAAUCAGCGCUUCUCCUCCUGCUCCCCUGAUGUGUAGACACACUGUAGUCUGGGAUCGAAGACGUGUGUUGACUGUCUGUGUUUUCUACGUGUGAAAUGUUAAUAUUUUGUGUGUGUGACCGUCAAGGUUGUUAAUUUUGCAUUAGCUUCUAUGCAUAGUUCUAUAGUCUGGCUCUGGGCUAGCUAUUUAAAAUAGCAGGAAUGAGGAACUGGAAAAUAGUGUUAAACACUUUAUUUUAAUGCAAUCGAUUAUUAUUAUUUGUGGCUGUCCUCCCACCAGUAAAUGGUUUCCAGUCUUACCGAGGUACAUGGGAAUGAUUGCGUCAUAAGAGGAAUAAAUUACCUUUAACCUCCAUUGAUAGGGUACUAUUUAUGAAGACUUUUCUUUUAAGGUGCUGGUUUGGAAAUGUGGCAGGGAAAUAUGUAGAAAACACAAAUGGCCUUUAGAAUAUAGAAAAAAUAUACAAAUAUUGAACUCCAUAAAGACGUCACUUACUUAUUAAACACUGUAGCACAAGAGCUAUUAAUUCCAGUAAAAAUAACAACUUUUACAAACCAACCAAAUGGUUGCCCUCGUCUUGCGAUAAGAUUGUGUUGCGUGUGUGUGUGUGUGUUUGUGUGCGCGCGUGUGUGUUUGUGCGCGUGUGCGCAUGUGUGCGUGCGCCCUGAAAUGACAUUGUGCACUUUUUGCAAUCUUUUUUUGAAAAUCUAAGCUUCGCUCAAUAAUUCCUAAGGUUUAAAAUAAAGAUUUUCAAAGGA